AUUUUUUUCUGUGCGAGUCGUGGUUGGGUGAGCUUUACGUCGUGUGCGUAAAUCGCGUAAACUUUUUUACGUCGUCGCGAGUGAAAUGUGAAUUUGUUGAUAUUGCGAAUCAUCCCGAGUAAUAUUCCGUUCAGUGUAGUGCAGUGAUUACAUUCUGACAAUAUGUCAGAAUUAGAGUUGUCGGAGGCACAGUCAAAGGCUGAGUCAGAGGCAGAAUCAUCAGAGUCAAAGUUAUCAGAAGGAGAGCCAUUAAUGGCAGAGCAACCAGAGACAAAGUUAUCAGAGACAAAAUCAUCAGAGCCAAAGCCAUCAGGAAUAAGGCCACCGUCAAAGAUCGAAAGACUUUGCUCCUCUAGGCCACGUAGACCAGAUAUUCCGCCACCUUCCCCAGUAAAAUCAGUGACUACAAAGAUCAAACAGAUGGAGCCUCUUUGGGAAUCGCGCGGCCGUCAAAUAGACGAGGCUAGCUUGCGAAGAGGAUCAGAUACCAGCGUCGUUUUAACCGAAGACACAGAAAGCUUUAUGAUCGGUGAUCGAGUAUGGGUCGGCGGCACGAAACCUGGCAGAAUCGCCUACAUCGGCGAAACCAAGUUUGCUCCUGGGGACUGGGCAGGAGUUGUCCUGGACGAGCCCAUCGGGAAGAACGACGGUUCGGUGGCGGGUAGCCAGUACUUCCAGUGCGAGCCAAAGAAAGGGAUCUUUUCGAGGCUGACCAGGCUGACCAGGGCACCAUUGGGUGGUUAUCAAACGAGUACGACCUCGACGCCGACAUCGCCACCCGAAAGCAUCAGGGGCAGCUAUCUCGGCAAAUCCAUGUCGCCGUCUUUGAAUGUAUCAACGACAAGCUUGUCCUCGUCGAUGUCACAGAAGGAUGAGCUGAAGAUAGGUGAUCGGGUGAUAGUAUCGUCGAUGCAGGGUAGCAAAACUGGCGUGCUCAAGUAUCAAGGGCCCACGCAUUUCGCCGGGGGUGAAUGGUACGGUGUGGAACUGGACGAGCCGCUCGGUAAAAACGACGGCUCCGUCAACGGGAAAAGAUACUUCGAAUGCUCGUCCAAGCACGGCCUGUUCACGGUCCCGCACAAGGUCAGCAGGUCGCCAUCCGCCAGAAAAUCGUCCAUGGUGUAUAAGCCGAGCGGCGGCACCGCCGUUAACAUUCCCAGCCUCCAGAAGAGAAGCAGUUCGCGCGACUCGCUCGCGUCCAGCAUCGCCAGCGUCAACGCGAAAACUAGUUCGUCGAUCGGCACGAGGAGGCCUGGCAUGCGCAUGUCAUCACUUGUUUCACGAGAUUCACUGCAGGACAUUCUGAAAGAGAAGCAGCAAGAGAUAGAGCUUCUGCGAAAGCAACGAGAUUUGGAGCGCGAAAGGGUCACCAAAGUAGCGAGUCAAGCUGAUCAAGCGGAACAAUCGGCGCUUUCUAUUAAACAAGAGUAUGAUAAGUAUCGUGAACAGAUGCAACAAACGGUCAACGAAGCGGAGUGCACUGUCAACAAACUCGUCAGCGAGAGAAACGGAUUGAUGGUACAGCUGGAAGAGGAGAAACGGAAGUGUGAAGAUCUUCUUUUCCGCUUCGAAGAGGAAUCCGUUAAUAAAGACGACAUACAGAAAGAGAGAUCUGAGCAAAGUGUCAUAAAUACUGUAAAUGAAAGCAGGAUCAAGCAACUCGAAGAAGAGCUCGCUGAGGAGCGACGAGAGCACGCCGUUCAGUUGGAACGCGACAGUAUCAAACUCUUUGAAGCCGAGGAAGAAUUGACACGGCUGCGUAACGAAAUCAGUUGCACAGCCAGCUCGCACAAUUCUCAAAUUCAUGAUCUGGAGAGUCGUAAUCAAAGCUUAGAGGAAAUUAACAAUAACUUGAAGGAUGAAAUGCAAGUAAAAUCAAAUACGCUAAACCAAUGCAUGGAGCGUAUCCAGCAACUGGAGCUUGUGCUGAAUAAAACGCUGGAAGAGAACACGUCGCACAGCGAAUCCGAAAGUUAUCUGAAAAAUGAAUUGGAAGCGGCUAGACAAGGCCUACAGAAUAAAGAAACAUUGAUAGAAAAUAUGAAACAAGAAUUCGAAAAGAGUACGAAUUUGUUGAGCGAGGAAUUACGAAAGUCGAAAGAAACGAUCGAGACGAUGAAGAGAGAGAGCGCGAGUGAGAAAGACUCGUUGCUAUCAGAGUAUCGACAGACAAUCGAAGAAAAAGAUCGGUUGAUCCAGGUAAAGACCGAGCAGUUGGAGAACGAGUCCAGGAGGCUGUUAGAACAGCAGAACGUGGUCCUGGAAAGUCUAAAAACCGAGAAUAUUAAGCAUAUCCAUGAACUUUCAGAGUCUUUCGAACAACAGUUGCGUGCGAAGGACUCGAAAAUCGAAGAGGUCUCGCAACAACUCAGUCAGAGAAUGUCUGAGACCGAGAAACUAUUGGUCGAAUUGGCCGCUGAACGAGAGCUUCGCAAGAAGAAGGAUGAAGAACUGAUUGACGCUCUACGAAAGUUGGAGGAGUUAAGUAUGAAACUCCAAUUGGCUGAAGAAAGUAACAAUGCGUUGACGAAACAGAUUCAAGAUUAUAGAGCCAAGAGUGACGACAAUGUAAGAAUAGUUCACGAGAAACAACAGUUGGAGCAAAACUUAGCUAGUUUAAUUGCCUCCGAAGAAAAAUCUACGGCACAAUUAAAUAAAUUGAACGAAGAGCUGAAAGUGAAGGACCGAGAGCUCGCGGAACUGCGAAAUGCUAGCGUGGCGCAAUUGGAAGAAAUAACUAAACGUUUCGAGGCUCAAAUUAAUGAAAAAGUUAAAUAUAUCGAUGAGAUAAACGCUGACAUCACGCAGAAAGCUUUGAUGCUUGCUAAACUGGAAAAAGACAUUGCUGAUUUAAAAGCAAUCAUAGCGAGCAAGGAUGAGGAGAUUAAACAUCUUCUCGAAAAGACUUCAGAGUUGCAAGAUGCUCUCACGUUAUCUGAACAAACGAAAACGAAUUUGGAAUGCGAACUUCGCGUAUUCGAGUCAAACAUGCAGAAUUUGAAUCAACAGAUCGCAAGAUCAGAAGAGAAAAUAUCGCAAUUAUCAUCGCAAAAGGAAAAACUGGAAUGUGAUGUGGCGAAUGCGAUUAGUAGCUCUGCUGAUUCAUCGGAACAGCUAUCAAAAUAUAAUGAGGACUUGCGGAAAAAAGAGAAGGAACUCGACGAAGCUCGCGAAAAGAUCUUCCAUAUAGAAUCUACGUUGAGACAAACAGAGGGAAAAUUGUUCAACACCGAGACGGAAUCAAAUAAAAAUGCAACGUUAGUCGAGCAAUUGCGCUCGGAAAAAUCAACCUUAGAGUCACAAAUAGAUGAUACUAAAAAAUCAAAUGCAGACUAUGCCGAGAAAAUUCGUGAAUAUAAACAAAGAGAAAAUGAAUUAUUGACAAAAUUGGAGGAAAGCGAACAUAUCAAAACAAGUUUGGAGAAGAAAUCUGGUGAAAUCGCUGAUCUUACGGAAAGAUUGACAAAGAAAGAACAAGAGAUUGUUAAUCUUUCUGAGGAACACAAAACCUUGCAAAGUUCCCACGAAGAACAGAUAUCCUCAUUCCAGAAACAAAUUGUGGACUUGUCGACGGAAUUAACAACUUCACGCGACGAGAUAACAAAUUUACAAAAGUUGAAAAAUAAAUUAGAAGCCAAUCAAAGUGCGAAUCUAUGGUCAAUUGAAGAAUUAACAGAGAAACUGAAAAUCGAAUCGGAUAAAUCAUCAAAAUUAGAGGACUUGAUUCAGGAGAAGAAAUUGAAGUUACAGGAUGCAGAAAAUAAAUUAUCAGAAUUGCAAAAAACACACGAUACUUUGGUUAACGAUAAAGCGGUAGUCGAUAAGAAUUUAACUACAUCUUUAAAUACCAUGACCAGCACAAUAGAGGAAUUGAACGGUAAAUUAAAGGACGCUGAAAAAAUAAUUGGAGAUAAGACGGAUGAGAUGUCAAAGGCAAGAACAGAGAUGGAAAAGUCACAAGCACAAAUAAUUGAGAUGGGCUCUACAAUCUCUUCCAUAAAAGAGGAGCUUAUUCGUAGCAAUAAUGAAUUGCAAAACGCACAAGAAGUAGCUGCACAGAAACAAAGCGUGACAAAUGAAUUGACUAAAGAUAAAACUGCUUUAGAGAAUUCAGUAAAGUCCUUGGAAACUCAAUUAUUGAAUUUGCACGAGGAAUUAGACAAGAGAGAGAAGCUUCUGGCAGAGAUGGAAGUUACGAUAAAAGAAUUGGAAACUUCUAAGAAGGAAGAAAUGCUGAAGUUACGAAAUUCGUUGGAAUGUGAGAUUGUAACAAAGCAAAAGGAAGUUGAAGACAUGAAUAAGCAAAAUAAAGAGCUAGAAGAAAAAUUGCGAUUAUCUCAGGACGCUGUAGAUAGGCACAAAUCUGAUUUAAAUGAUAAAGAGACUAUUAUCGGUAAAAUAAAGGCGCAAAUGAAGGCUUUGGAAGAUAUGCAGGUGGAAAGGAUCAAAGCAGAACAAGAAUCGCGAAAUGAGGAAACCAAGUUGAAACAGAUUGAAUUGAGUGGCGCGAAUAAGCGGAUCCACGAGUUGCAAAAUGCAAUGAACACGUUAGAGAAACAGUUGAAGGAGCAAGCCGAUUUGGCAAGAACUAUGGAAAAUAAUGAGAAGGAAGUGAAGAAAAAUGUCCAGAAUCUGCAAGAGAAGCUGAAUGUCGCCAAGACAGAAGAGAUACGACUUCUGAGCGAGCUAAGUCGGUUGGAGAAGGAGAACAAGCAGGUCACCGCGAAGUGGAUGGAAGCGACAAAUCAGUUGAAACUGUCGCAUGAAAAUUUGAAAAAUACUUAUGAUGGGACAGGUGACAUGAAACAACAACAUAUUGCGAAGCUGCAAGAAGAGAACGACACCGCAAAGAGUCAGAUAGAUUUUUUGAACUCCGUGAUAGUUGAUAUGCAACGUAAAAACGAAAGUCUGUUGUGUAAGAUCGAGGUUCUCGAGAUGGGGGUUCCUGCUAACGAAGCCGAGGAUUAUACUCGAAGCACGCUGGAUAAGCGAACGGCAACGCCCCGUAUGUUCUGUGAUAUUUGCGAUCGGUUUGAUCUGCACGAGACGGAAGACUGUCCCCGGCAGGCUCAGGAUUUUUCGGAUAGAGUUCCGGAGAAAGUGCCGAAGUCGAAGAAGCAAUCCGUGGAGAGGCCGUAUUGCGAAAACUGUGAGAUGUUCGGUCAUGACACACACGAUUGCGACGAUGCCGAAACAUUUUAACGUUACGUCACGUCCAUAAAUCCAUUUUGUUUGCUUGCCAAGAUCCCGCGCGUAGCUAGAAAAAGAUCUGUUUUAAACUUUACAGAGUAUAUACAUAUAUUUUUGUAUGGCAGAUUUUUCGAUUGUAUCCUAAAUCUCUGAGUAUAUAUGAGUCUUCCCAUGUGAAACGCACUUUAAAAUUGUAAACAAUUUUUAUGUUCCCUUCAAAGGUAACGCAAUUUUAACAAAAUACUU